CGUCAAAAUAAGAUCACACACACAAAAACCUUCAAUUUUUUUUUCUGUUCAGACAGAGAAAUGGCGGAGGAGAAGCUUGGAGAGACAGAACGGCCGAUUCGUGUCUACGCCGAUGGAAUUUACGAUUUGUUCCACUUCGGCCAUGCCCGUUCUCUCGAGCAAGCCAAGAAACUAUUUCCAAACACCUACUUGCUGGUGGGUUGUUGCAAUGAUGAAGUCACUCACAAGUAUAAGGGGAAAACUGUUAUGACAGAUGAGGAGCGUUACGAGUCUCUUCGCCACUGCAGAACUUUUGACAGGUGGGUCGAUGAGGUUAUCCCCGAUGCACCUUGGGUUGUUACACAAGAGUUCCUGGACAAACAUCGGAUAGAUUAUGUCGCACAUGAUUCUCUUCCCUACGCCGAUACAAGUGGGGCAGGGAAAGAUGUCUAUGAAUUCGUCAGAGCGGUUGGAAAAUUCAAGGAAACGAAACGGACUGACGGGAUAUCCACAUCGGACAUUAUAAUGAGGAUAGUCAAAGACUAUAACCAGUAUGUGAUGCGUAAUCUGGAUCGUGGGUAUACAAGAAAAGAUCUUGGUGUUAGCUAUGUGAAGGAAAAACGGUUGAGAGUAAACAUGGGGCUCAAGAAGUUACGCGAGAAAGUUAAGAAACAGCAGGAGAAAGUGGAAGAAAAGAUACAAGUAGUGACAAGAACCGCAACAAUGAGGCGUGACACAUGGGUCGAGAAUGCAGACCGGUUAGUCGCAGGGUUCCUGGAAAUGUUCGAGGAACGCUGUCACAAAGUGGGAACGGCGAUAAGGGAGAGGAUUCAAGAACGGUUUCGUGGGCAACUAUUAGUCGGGUUCAUAUACGAUAAAGACAGUGACAGUGACGAUGAACAUGCCCUCGGGUUUGAAGAUAGCGAGAGCGAAGAAGAGAUUUACUAAAGAAGAAGAAGAAGAAGAAGAAGAAGCUGUAUUUCUACUUAAGUAUUUUGUAUCAACGCUGUAUAAAACCGAGCAAUCUAGGUUUUGCUCUGCAACUAUGUUUCAGUUUUGAACGAGUUAUGAUCAAAUUCUACUUCUUUCCAAAGUGUAUAUAAAUGAAAGUAAAUGACAUA